CAGUUAGUCCAGUUUUAAUUUCACUUCAAACUAUUUUAAGCAAACCCAAACUACGGAAUCGACGGCGAAAAGUGAGCCGAUAUGUGCUGGCGCAUUGCGUUAGGCCGAGCGAAGAUACACAUUAUCCGAUGGGAAUCAAGAUUAAACUAAGCCGGGGCGUCGCGUCAAGGAUAAAGGGGGGAUCUGACGCUCAGCGUGUACUCAUAAAUCCACAUUAUUUUCGGAUAUCCCGAAACCAAAUAAAUGAGAACAUCAUUUCCAAAGAUGUGUUCGAUAGCUCUUGCAUUUGCGUUUUCUCUUUUGGUGGACGCCGCCCGCGCCCGCCCGCCCCCACAGGCCACCCUUCUUGUCCCUCCCCUCACGGCGGCCCGAAGGCCCGGAGCCCGGAGCCCCCGCUAGUGAAGGCUGAACGCAGCCCGCAGAACACCGCGGCGCCUGCCUCUGCUGUCUCUCUCCUCUUGCUCUCUCGGACAGCGCUCCGGGCUCAGCGAGCGAGAGCGAGAAAGAGAGCGAGAGGGGCGAUCUGGACGUGACCCCCAGCCGAGCCGACAGCAGCCGACGCGUCCGACGCGCAGCCCGCAGCGCACGGCCAACGCAAGAGAACAUGGCGGUGGUGACACGGACCCGUCAAGCAUAAAAGGGGUAGCAAGUGUAUUUCCCGUAAAACAGGAUUUAAACUGUCAAGCACAAAUGAGCAACCCAAAUUCAUUUCGAAUACAUUGGCCAAAUGGCGACAAGUCAUCCAAAGAUAAGCCCCACAUCAAGUAUGUUCUUAAUGCAAUGAAGAGUAAUUUCAACCCUGUGUUAAAAGAUCCCAAAGAGUCACCAGAUCCGGAUUCUCAAAAUGAUAGUUCUGUGGACAAUGCUACACCUCUGCCACCUGAAGACAGUAAAGGUAUUAAGAAGACCUCUUCAGGAACUCACUCUGAUGCUGUAUUAGAUCAAAAGAGUGGUAAAAAGAAUAUCCCAACCAGUAGCACUAAUGUUGCUGAUGUAGAAAAUAAAUCCAAUGCCAAAGUUGAACCACCGAGUAGCAGAAGCAGUACAUCAGAGCUAGUGGAUGACAAAUGCAGUGCCAAGAAAAUUCCUAUAAUAAGUAAAAGCAAUUCUGACUCCAUUUUAGAUGUCAAACCAAGCAGCAAGAAAGAUCCUAUUUCUGUUAAAAAUAGUGCUUCAGACUCUCAACUUGAGAAAAAAAAUAACAGCAAGAAAGACCAAUCUAACAGCAAAAAUAGUUUCAAACCAGGAGACAUAGGUAAUAUUGUUAAACCAGAAGUAAACAAAAGAAGAUCUGAAAAAAAAUUGGAAACGUUCAGUGUUGAUUCAGAAUCUUUACAUCUGAAGUGCAAUUCUAUACCUAAUCGUGCCUUGCCCAUAUCAGCUGCAUCUAACAAUAAGGAUUUGAGUGAGCCAAAGCAAACUACUACUGAGAAAAUACUUCCCAAUGUCGAUUUACCUUCAUCUACCUUGGAUCAAGGUAUGGAUGAAAAUGAAGAGGACAAUAAAAAACGUUUAGCUAGAAAGAGAGCCCUACGUAACCGUUCUGUUACACGCUCAGAGACAGGAUCUGAAGGGGACUCCCCUGCUUCAGGCCGUAAGAGGUCUGCAAGGCGUUGGUCCAAAGAAGGAGAAACUGUUCUUCAAAAUGCUAUUGCUCGAAAAGAAAAGUCCUUAAGUUCUAUUGGAAAAUCAGAUGAUGACAAAGCCCACAAAGCUAUUGCUCGUAGCUUGAGGGAGGGUAGAAAUUCCUUGUCUGUUGGGAAAAGGUCUCAAAGCAAAUCACAGGAUACUUUGUCUGUUAGUUCUGCCGAAUCAACAUCAGAAGGUAAAUCAAAGAACUCUUUGCAAUUGAAAUCUCAAACUGAUAACAUAAAUGAUGUACCCAAAGAAGAUUCCAAAAUGGAUUUUGAUUCAGCACCUCAACCCAUUUCUAAACCAUCAUCUGUCAAAUCAGAUGCAGAUUGCACACAUACAAAGACUGGCAAACGUCGCUACAAACCAUUUCGGGGUCUUAGGUAUUCCUUCAGUGGGGUCACCAAGAGGUCCAAAGUCUUUCGACGCUCUGCUCCCUCUCAAAGAAAUGUCUCUUCUGACUUUCACUUUGAAGAGAGUUCUCCACCACUCAAAAACAAAUCUUCAAACUCUACUUCAGUUAAAAAAGGAAUUAAUGGCGUAACCUCAGAAAAGAGCCGUAGUCGUAGUCCUGCAGUAGGCGAUGCAUGUACCUCUAAGGCCAAGAAAAGUAGACGGGAUAAUCCUCUCUCCCCAUCACCAAGUCCUGGAGAUACUCCUGCAGAUGCGAAUCAUCCAGAAUCGACAGCUAUUUCAUUUGGUGCUGGGACUGCUGGGUUGUGUUUAUGCCAAUCAAAAACUAAUUUAUAUGUUCGUAAAGAGACUUUUGAGGAAACUGACCUUAGUCUUAUGUGCCAAGCUGUUGAUUCCUUGGAGGGACGUCUGAUUGGCUGCUGCAAUGCUGUGGGUGGUAGUGAAUCAGCAAGACUGUACCGGCCUAGCCCUCGUGUUCCUUAUGUUGUGGUGUGUGAGCAGCAUAGGCAGCGAUUAUUAAGGCACCACUGCUGCCCUGGUUGUGGAAACUAUUGCACACAAGGGCGAUUUGUUCAGUGCCCUUCACUACACUACUAUCAUCGUGAUUGUCAACUUAUGAUUGCUGGAAAGCCUCAGUGUCCUCAUUGUGGGUUAGAGUCUCCUCCGGAUGAAGUCAGCAUAAGUUUGGGUGUCAAGAAAUACCCAGUAUUCCUUCCUCACCAGAAGCUUGUCAAACAAACGCCAUCAGCAAGGAUGAGCCUGGGUUCCAGUGUUACCUCUCAAGAUCAACCUGAGGAUGUGCCUGACAGCAUUGCUAUGACCCUUCCCAUAGCAACAACAGUCUUGGACAAAGCAGAAAGAGAAAAGUUAGAGAAAUUUGUAAAUGGUGCUUGUAGUAUGCGCGGUGAAGGGCGCUCUGCCCAUUUGCCAAGGUAUUCAGCAAAACAUCUUUAUCAGUCCGCUAAGUCAGGCGAUUCUGAGAAAAUUAUUGGAAUAAUUAGACAUGGAAUCAAUCCUAAUCAUAUCUUCCGUGAAAUAAAUAUGCGUACAGCUUUACAUGUUGCUUCAGAAAAGGGCCACGUGCUAGCUGUUCAUGUUUUAGUACAAGCAGGGGCUCAGCUUGAUCCUCAAGAUGGUGAUCUGAUGACUCCAACCAUGCUUGCCUCCCUUAAUGGUCACACACGUAUUGUCCAAUACCUGGUCAAAGCUGGCGCUUGUGUGACCCAUCAGGGAUCAGAUGGAAUGACUGCUUUACAUAUUGCAGCCAAACGUGGAGAUCUAGAAACCUGUCAUUGUCUCCUAACAAAUGGAAAAGCUCCUCUGGGUUAUAUUGAUGUUAAGGAUGAUGGAGGGUGGACAGCCUUGGUUUGGUCAUGUGAAUUUCGCCAUGUUACAGUUGCCAGAUAUCUCUUAGAAAAACGUGCAGAUCCUUUAUUACGUGAUAGCGAGGAAAAUAUAGCACUGCAUUGGGCUGCCUUCUCUGGCAGUGAAGAGAUUUCAGAAAGGCUUCUUAAUCAUGGAUGUGAUGUUAACUGUUUGAACAUCCAUGGAGAUAGUCCCUUACAUGUAGCUGCACGCCAAGACAACCUGCAAUGUGUUCUUCUUUUCCUCUCACGUGGGGCUAAGCCCGAUCUUGCAAAUGUGAUUGGACAGCAAGCUAUAGAUUGUGCUUUAGAGAGUGGAGACUGCUAUAAUGCUAUCAACACAACUGCUGAACUUAGGAAAAUGACAAAGUCUUCUAAGGAAAGGACCAAUAAAAUUCUUUCAAAUGACAUCACUCGAGGUAAAGAAGAAAGUGAAAUACAGUGCUUGAAUGCUGUGGAUGAUGAGUGUGAACCACGAGAUUAUGUAUAUGUUACUAAAAAUUGUUUCACUUCAAAUAUCCAUGUAGACCGUACCAUUACAUCUUUGCAGUCGUGUGAUUGUGAAGACUCCUGUGUUGGGGCCAAUUGUAAAUGUACUCAGCUCAGCUUGCAAUCAUGGUAUGAUUCUGAGGGAAAACUUUUGCCUGAAUUCAAUUUCUUUGACCCUCCCAUGCUAUUUGAAUGUAAUGAAAUGUGCUCCUGCAACGUAAAACUUUGUAGAAAUAGAGUUGUUCAAAGGGGAUUCAAAGCUCGGUUCCAAUUAUUCCGCACUGUUGGCAAAGGAUGGGGUGUUCGUACAUUGACUCUAAUUCCCAAGGGAACUUAUGUUUGCGAAUACAUUGGAGAAAUAAUUUCAGAUUGUGAAGCUGAUCAGAGGGAAGAUGACUCAUACUUGUUUGACUUAGAUAAUAGAGAUGGUGAGACAUAUUGCAUUGAUGCGUGCCGCUAUGGAAAUAUUGCACGGUUUAUAAACCACAUGUGCGCACCAAAUCUUCAGCCUGUAAGAGUCUUCAUGGGGCAUCAUGACCUUCACUUCCCUCGUAUUGCAUUUUUUGCCAACAGAGAUAUUCAGCCACAUGAAGAAUUAGGGUUUGAUUAUGGUGAUAAGUUUUGGAUAAUUAAGUACAAAUCAUUUACAUGUACAUGCGGAGCACCAACUUGUAAGUACUCAGUUAACACUAUCAAACAAACUUUGGCUGAAUACAACCGUAAACAAGAAGAAGAAACUGCAACAUAGUCUUAGGUAAUCGUUAAAACAAAGCCAAUACUUGAUUUCACUUGUUUGAAAAAUUUAUCAAAUAUCACAUGUGUGUGUGUGUGUGUGUGUAUGUGUGUGUGUUUGAGACAGGAAAAUUCUCCUAACUGAAUUGUGACACUGCCCAUUUUAAAUGUGUAGUUCAUCAAAAGUCUGUUAAGUUAUGAAGCUCUGUUAUGUAUGUGUGAUCCAAUUCUGACUUUACAUUAUUGGUUUUGUAGCUUGCUUCAAAUGACAAUUUUUCAAGAAGCAUCUCCUGUAAAUCUUUUCCCAACACUGUGGAGGAUUUUCAGUUUUAGAAUCUGCCAGUUCUGAUUUUGCUUUUCAGGUGUACCAUCAAUUUUGUUGUGCUUAAUUGUAAUGCAUUAUGGUGUUUUUUAUUAUUUUUUGUUUCUGUCAUUAGAGCUUUUAAGUCUGAUCAUAUGAAUGUAGUGUUUUUAUAGACUGGAUACUUGUAGCAAUACUGAGAACUGUCGCUCUUGCACAUGUGGGUUGAUAAAUUUGUUCCUUUGUUAUCCUAAACCAUCGAAUUCUAGGCGUUUGAUCAGAAUCUUUGACACACUUGCAAUUAAGUCUUUGUAUUCAAUGUAAGGUCCUAAUUUUGACAUGCCUCAUUUAAAAAAUAAUCCCUUGCUUUGAUUUAUCCUCUUGUUCUAUUCAUUGUGCCAAAUGUGAAAGUUUUCCAUCAUGUAAGAAAUUGUGUCUUUGCUUUUAAAGCUAAAGACUCGCUAUCAAUCUAUGAUUAAACUUAGACAAACUUAUAACUGCCUGGAAUUUAAUCCAGAUUUUUCUUCUUUUUUUUAAUCUUGAUCUCCAUGUUACAUACAGUGUUCUGAGGUGAAAAUCCAAUUUUGAUGUAACUUCUGUUUGUUUCUAUAUCACAAUUAUAUGUUUGAUACUGCAAGUCUUAUUUAUUAAUUUAUUUCACAACUGCAUGUGUAGUUAAUAAUGAAGUGAAUGAUUGAAAUUGUUCUUUUUUGAUGCUAUUUGUUCAGUUAUUUGUUUUUGUAGUUAGUAUGUUGCUUUCUUUCAAGUGACAAGCAAGAAAUUUGUUUUUUGUUUGUUUUUUUGUUUAUGAUUGUUAUUGUGUUUAUUGAAUAACAGAGUAAGGUGGUGUGCAAUGCUCAGAUUAAAUAUAAUCACUAUGAAUUAUAGAUAGUUUAAAAUUAGGAUUAAGACAGUGUAAUGAGCACAUAUAGUACCCCUUCUUCAGUCUAAAAUGCCACAUUUGUAGCUGAUGUCCUUGCAGAGCGAAAUAUGUGUUUCUUUGUUUGUUUUUGCUGCAAAUUUGUUUUAUUUAGCAGGUUGAGGGUGGAGACGUACGAAGUUAGCUGUGUGUAGUCAAUCAAGUAAUAGAUUUUUUUGUGAUAAACUGUUUCCAAAACCCAUUCAUGCCUUGUGUGUUCAUUAUUUAUAUUUUUCUUGUCUCAUAGAAUGUGUAUCUAUUUCUCAAACUGUAAUUGGAAUUUCAAAUCAGCACUUCAUUAACUCUUAUUGUGGUUGCAAUCUUGAACUGCAUUGAUCAAUAGACCGGACUUUCUUAUAGGUUCAAUGUACACUUGAUAGACAGAGAACCUAUGCAGUUUGUGUAAUUGAGCUUGUGCUUAGUAGAAAAUUUGUCAGAAACUAAAUAGUAUUGUACCAAAAAUGAUUUCAUUAUUGGCCUAGCAUUUGUUCUUCCUUUAAAAGUAAUAACAAUAAAUGGUCAACUUAAUGGCGAUGGAAGACAUUUGUUUACACUGUCUGUUUCGCAACGCUUGAAAACAUCCCCAACACCUACCUGGUUCUUAUUUUCUAACUUUGCAAAGAAAGUAUUUAUUGGUGGCCGUCCAACUCGAGUGGUGCUACUGUAUAUAGCCCACAUUAUCCAAUGAUUUUGUUCCAUUAAUUUCAAUGUGAAGUAUAAUCUUGAGUUACGGUAAUUCGAUGUGUGUUGACAUAUUCUUUUCUAGUCUAUUUUUGUUUUCACCCAUCAUGUUGGCUUCACGUCUCAUUUAAUGUUGGCAGACACGCUACGCUUGCCUCAUAGGUGUAAAGAGACAAUACAUGUUUCAAAAAUAGGUGUCCUACUUUUAAAACAUUUUAGAAAACCUGUUUGUUUGCUUAUUUUAAUUUUUUUUAUUAUUUUUUUUAAGUUGUAUAAUUUACCAAAUAUAGUUUCAUUCAUGGGACAUACAGAAGUUGAAACCAAGUUCAAAUUCCUAUUUAUAGAGUUGUAUAAAAUGACUUUUUUUUUUACCAAAGUCUACCUAUGUACAGUACUAUAAAUGGUGAUGUGACAUAAUAAAAUAAAAGAAAUAUAGCUUUGCAA